GGCAGUUUGUUGCCUAGCGACAGACCACCCUCAAUAUAGGAAUGGUAAAGAGAGGAAGUUAUCUUCUCUGUUCCACAGCCUACUUCAGCUUCUGCCACUGCCCAUGUAUCAGUAUUCACUAAAAGUCCAGAUUUUCCCUUUUCUCCUGUGACUUAUCAAAGAGACUUUUGAAAUAUUUGUUGUAGUCUCAGCUAGAAAUUUCCACCCAAAAUAAUGCUUGUGUCAUCGAGGCAUAUCCAAGCCAUCAAUAUACUCGUGUCCUCCUGGGUAGUACUCUUCUUGAUAGUAGGAGUCAUUUUGGAGGAAUGGAUUAAGUUAGUCCCCAAAACAACAAACAAGACAACAGACGAGGCAACAAACAACGAGACAGCAAACAAGACCACAAACAACGAGGCAACAAACAACCAGACAACGAACAAUGAGACUAUCCACAAUCCAUGGAUGACGUGUUGUACUGCUGUUUGGCCAGAAGAUGGCCUGAAAAUUAUCAGGAUUAUGAUGCUAACCGUCUUGAUCACUUCCUGCACCUCUAACUUCAUCUUGGGAUUGCUUUUCACCUACAUUAUUCCUCAAAAUAAAUAUGUCUACCUCAUCAUUUUCCUCUUCAGUCUCUUGACAGGUAUCCUGCUGUUCUGUGCACUUCUACUGUAUGAUGGUAUGCUAAGGAAAGGUAAAACUGUGUACUUCUCCAGUUUCAAGAUCACCUGGGUCGCUGCCACUGCCUACUUCACCAUCAUCCUCCUUCUAGCCUGUAGUGUCCUCUCUUUCAUAGAAUACAAGGUGUUUGUAAAUAGCUGUACCUGCCUGAAAAUCCAAAAAUCUGCCAAAGAUCUACAGCUGUCUGGGAGUUCCAUCCAAGUUGUUUCGCUUCCAGAACGUACUGUGAUGCCUCGUAGCAUCGUCCGUGUGCACUCCCAUGAUUCAAAGGAAGACACUGAGAACAGAUCACAUGUCCAAGCCCGUCGUGUAACCUGGGCUCUAUGAUGUUAUGAUCCAUAUUUUGCAGUGUACACCCACCUGUAUCUUUCUGUGUGCUGUAUUUUGUGUUCAGCAUAACUUAAAUAACUGUGAGUGGGCUGGGGAUCUGUAAAAAGAUUCAGCAAAUGAGUUUUUUAACCCUAGCCUCCUAAACAAAUAGCUUUCUCUACAAUUUUUAUUAAUAAAA